CAGAAAACACCCAACAUCAGUGCCGGGUCUACCUACGGACAGCUCCCCGCGGAUUCUGGGAUAACUUUCAACGACCCCACAACAGGGCACGAGAUUAACAUGAAGAUCCAUCUCCUUGGUUACGGCUCCGCUGCCAUGGCCCUACUCCGAGAUAACACCUAUUUGUUGUCUGGACGUCUCAUCUGUCCCAACCUCAAAACACCACCACUUUUAUACUAUGACCAGGAUCUGACCUUCCCUAUGGGACCAACGGAAUCUUUGCCGAUAUCUCUAUCUAACAAAACUGCUGUAUGGGGAUAUGGCAUUGUUGUUAGCAAGCAUGAACGCACAGACUCCGCGCUGGGUCAAUCCAACUUUCAAAGUCUGUUUGUUGUGAUGAAACACACCGACUAUGACAACCAGUCUAAAACUCAGGUCUCCUUCAAUGUCUCAUACAAAAUCCCUGGAAACCGGAACCUGGCCAAAACCUUUGGCUUAUUCCAACUUGGUCGAGAGAUGUUACUCUCUGGAACUCUCACUGGAUAUGACAAGAGCCAGAAAAUGUUACAAGUCCAGGCUCUUUCUGUGUCUCUCUCAACUGGGCCCGAUGCGUUAACCACAUCCUCAGUUGCCUUGGAGACGUCGGUUCCACAACCUCGAAAACAAUACCAGAUCAACUUCGAUAGUGAUGAUGAAGCCGACACCGAAACUCCUAUAGUUAACAGCUCUACCUCUGACCUUAUUCCGGGUCCAAACCCUACCGAUACACCUGCCUCAAAUGCUGAUCCAACUACCUCUUUACCGGGCCCCAAGAGAAGAUACAAUAAGAAAACCAAAACAGAAUCGGUGACCGGCCCCACACCAGGAAGUAGUGCUAUUCCAUGACGAUUGGUUCACACCUUGUCUCUUCAUCUUUUGUCUUUGGAUCCUUUGUCAUCAGUUCCUUACCUUGUACAUGUAUAUCACCAGUUCCAAAUUUCUUGUAAAUUGUGAAGCCAAGGCUCUUCACACAAGACCUGCCGAUCUGAUGUACUGGACACCUGUUUAUUGCCAAAACAAUUUUUUUCCCAGAUUCAUUUCCUGUUUCUGUCUAUUCAGCAUAUGUAUCAUUUCUUUUGGUAGGAAAAAUUUUUCAUUCCUUGUAACCGGCUUCCUCUACAUAACAAGUUAUUGAAAAUUAUGAGUGUCCAAAAAACAAGUUUACAGAAA